AUGGAUGCGGGGGAUCGGAUGUAUUGCCAUGCCUGUAGCGGGGUGUGGCUACGGAAUGAGCGCGGACUGACGUGUCCGACCUGCCAAUCUGAAUUCACCGAGAUUAUUGAAAUCCCCCCUGACACCGAAGCCCCCGACCCUCCUGAAGAGGCGCCCGAAGACCGAUUCACGCCACCCGUGAACCCGUUCGCAAACCAUAAUCCCUGGGCCUCCACCGGCGUGGACGACUUUCAGGAUCGAUUCGCCGGCGGCAACAGAGGCACAGGAAAUAAUUCAGGAAAUGGCUUCUCGCAUCACACCUAUCGCUCGCCCGACGGUCGGUUCACCUUCUCCAGCACGACGUACUCGUCUGGGCACCCUCGACGACGGUCAACCGACCCGCAGGGUAAUAUGCAAAAUGAUCCGUUGAUGCCGAUGAUGCGGCGCUUGGACACGGUCUUCAAUCGGCUCUAUCAGCAGACGGAUCCUCAUCGGCCCGCGGGUCAGCAGCCCUGGGGAGAACCACGGAGACCGUGGCAGCAGCACAAUGAGGAUUCUAACGAACAUGGUUUUGGAGGAUGGGGGCAGGGUCCCGAGCCGGCGGGACUGGAGGGACAGCGGAGAGCGCCCGGCGCAGCGUACGACGGGUCCUUUGACUAUGGUCUACGGUAUGGAGGCGGCUCGGACUUUCAUAACGAUGGACUGCAUCCUCGCGAUGCGGACGGUCCGCAGCCAAUGGCUACUCCUUUACGUAGCUUGGGCGAUAUCUUGGAACUUUUUCGCAACGAUUUCGGUGGUGGAAUCAACCAGACUGGCAACGGCGGGUUCCGGGUCAUGACCGGUCCCAACCCCCUGGCGAUGCUUUCGGCGCUGUUGAACCUCGAACGAAACGGGGAUGCGGUGUAUUCGCAGGAAGAGCUAGACCGCGUGAUCUCGGAGCUGAUCGACCGAAAUGGCGAUCACACCGCCGCCCCGCCGGCCUCGCAGAAUGAUAUCCGGUCUUUACCGAAGAAGAAGGUAGACCAGGAGAUGCUGGGGAACGAGGGCAAGGCGGAAUGUUCGAUCUGCAUGGACCCGGUGGAGGUGGGCACGGAGGUGACGGUGCUGCCGUGCAAGCACUGGUUUCACUUCAGCUGUAUCGAGAUGUGGUUGAGCCAGCAUAACACAUGUCCUCAUUGCCGACGGGGUAUCGAUGCUCCUGCACAAAAUGAGAGCAGCGAAGGUACUAGCGACAACCCCGUGGUGAUUGACAGCAGCCCUGAGACGUCCCGUCACAGCAGUGGCGUGCCCGAACACAGCGGGCAGCCGACAGGAGGGGGCAGGAACAGCGCUGAGGGCGAGACUGAGCGACGAAACAGUCGAGAUCAAGGGACGGGCGGAGGAUUGACCGGAUGGAUGCGAAGCCGAUUCGGAGGGGGGAAUUAG